CAAAGUGACAGUGACAUUAGAUAAACAACACCCAUUCGAAGUGGGAUUAGAUGACAACAAAUAUGGUUUGAUUGUUUGUAGGGAAAGUGCUAAAAUAUGUCGGGAAACGUGCCCAUUUGCAAGAUCACCGAAGAUGUAAGGCAGGCCCUUAAAGAGUUUCGUUUCCGGAAGGAAAAGGACACUGCCGCCCUAGUUUUGAAGGUUGAGCGAGAAAAGCAGCAAAUCAUCCUAGAUGAAAAGCUGGAGGACACCGACAUUGAGUCAUUGCAAGAGAGCCUGCCCAGUCAUCAACCUCGCUUUAUCCUGCUAUCGUACAAGCAGGAACAUAAAGAUGGGCGGGUCUCGUAUCCGUUGUGCUUCAUCUUUUUUACGCCUAGAGAUAGUCAUGUAGAGCUGCAAAUGAUGUACGCUGGCUCUAAAUUGGCCCUCCAAAAGGAGGCCGAUGUGUCCAGAGCCUACGAGAUUCGAGAACUGGAAGAUCUAACUGAAGAGUGGCUGCUCAGCAAACUCAGCAAUUGAGUGUAUGUUACGUAUUGAUGUAUCGUGUCCUAAAGUUCGUAGACUUCCAUUUGAUUUUAAGUGAUUUUGUAUAGAGAAAAAGCAUUCCCAAAGACAGACAGUAUUUGAUGUUUAUACAAAAAUACACACAAAUCCAGAACAGGAAAA